AAAGUUACUGACGCUUCCGGUUUCAGUCUGGACCUGGCGCGCGCUCUCACUUGCUACUACGAACAUAUUACAAGCUCUUUAAUGUCUUUCAACUCGUAACUUCUUUUCAUAUCGGCGUUGGGGAUGAUUACAAAGUGAAGACGUCGUUCAUUGACUUUCUGAAGGUUUUAUUUUUAAUGUUUUACCUCAGAGAGGACGGAUACUCGCACCUGUGGUAGUUGACCGAUGACACCUGUUGUCAUUUUAGCGGAAGGGUUUCAGGAGAAACUGCGAUAGAAAUACACCAAGAGGACGUCAAACUUUUUGAAUGACGGAGUAAAAAUGAAAGUGACGGUAAAGUUUGGGUCAACGGGAGUCGUCGUCCCGUGUAGGGACGGUUGGAUUGUCCGCGAUCUGAUCGAUCAAGCCACGCAAAGAUAUAAGAAGAUAGUUGAACAGGAUGGGGAGUUCCUGGUGCGGACGCACCAUGUGGAGUAUGUCGACGGGGGGAUCCUGGACCCAGAUGACAUGGUCGAAGACCUGGUCGAAGACAAAGACAAGCUGAUCGCAGUGUUCGACUUGAUGGAGCUCCAGCAGAGGGCGAUAGUGAGUCCUGGGGGAAGUGAGGCAUCCGGUCGCUCCAGCCCUGACACCUACGAACCCGAGCUCAGAGCUCUGCAACCCUACCACGGCAGUGAGAUUGAGGUCACCUCCUUCACCCUUAAAUCAACCACACCUCUAUCGGUCAGAAGCAGCAGUGACCCCUCCCUUGCCCCGCCCCUUGAUGUGUUUCCAUUGGACCCCAAGGAGAGCAGCAGACCUCAGCCAACAGGACCUGGUCAUGCGACGGCUUUAAAGGGAGGGGCUAUGGACAAACCGAAAGUGGACGUCCCGUAUACCAGGGCUAUGGACAAAAGCAGCCUGACUCGGACCGUGGAGAUCUUGGGAGAAAAGGGACCUCUGGGGAUUAAAGUUAUACCGUACUCUUCAUCACUGAGCGGAAGGACUCUGGGUCUUCAUAUCCGAUCAGUGGAGGAAAACAGUCGCUCUGAGCGAGAGGGCAUCUUUCAAGAGGACGAGUGCAUUGUUCAGAUCAAUGACAUUGAGUUAAUAGACAAGUCCUUUGCUCAAUCACAGGAGGUGUUUCGUCAAGCCAUGUUUUCUUCCCCAGUGCGUCUGGAGGUGCUUCCUGUUGCCAACAAAGUUCGCUAUGAAAAAAGCUUAAUCGGGCAGCUUUUCAACAACACCGAUCCUGACCCUGUCCUCCCUAAAGUCAAAAGUCCCUUCUUGGUGCGCAAAAUGGGUUCCAGCACUGCUACCACGCCAUCUCCGGAGCCCCCUGUUUCGCAGACCACGCCCAUAAAAGAGGAGGAGCUUCCACUCGCAAGACACAAGCCAGUCAACCUGGACAUGCGCAAAGACACGCCCUCUCCUCCCAUCAGCGCAUCACCGACCAUGAAAGAUCGCAGUGAGAGCCCUGCUCCCAAAAGUCAGACUCUCGCCACGCUGGUUGAUAUGAUAAACAAAAAGCCUGAGAAGAAAAUGAGGGUCGAUUUGAGGAAAGGUACAGAGGGCCUGGGUUUCACCGUGGUAACCAGAGACUCGUCUCUUCAUGGUCCGGGACCCAUUCUGGUCAAGAGCAUUUUACCCCGUGGAGCAGCCAUUAAAGACGGCAGACUCAAAUCAGGAGACCGUAUCCUGGAGGUGAACGGAGUGGAUAUAACGGGACGCACACAGGAAGAGUUGGUUGCUAUGUUAAGGAGCACCAAACUGGGAGAAUCGGUGUCUCUGAUAGUUGGAAGACAAGAGGAGUUCUUGCCCAGAGAAAUGAAAGGAGAGCCGUCUAGUCCGCUGCUCUCCGAGGACGGCCGGGAACAGUUGAUGUUUGAAGUUCCUCUGAACGACUCCGGCUCAGCUGGUCUGGGGGUCAGUCUAAAGGGAAACAAGUCUCGUGAGACCGGAGAAGAUCUGGGCAUCUUCAUCAAGUCCAUCAUCCACGGAGGGGCGGCACAUAAGGACGGUCGCCUCCAUAUCAACGACCAGUUGAUUGCCGUUAACAGCGAAUCUCUCCUCGGCCGCUCCAACCACGAUGCCAUGGAAACCCUGCGGCACUCCAUGUCCACGGAAGGGAACCUCAGAGGAACCAUCCAGCUGGUGGUUCUCCGUUCUCUGGAGCGUUCCCCAGUUCAGGAAAAUCAAGAAGUCAGUCCAGUUCCCACAAGGAACGAAUCUCCGGUGCAGCAACCUAACGGCAACCCGGUCAAUAAUUUUGCACCGCAAGCCAUGGUAAACAACCGUGUUUACGAAGCUUCAGGUCCGUUCAGAUCCCAUACCAGGAGACAGGAGUUGCCAGAGGAAGACUACGAUGAAGACGGUUUCCCCCCUCCACCUUCUGAGAGGGACCUGAUUGAAGUCAACCACCCACGCAGACACCUACAAGAACGUGCCGAGAGGGAACCUGUCACUAUUAUGGGCCAUCCCACAAAUCAACAAUAUCCCCAACGACAGAAAAUCUUCGAUCACCCCACCAUGAAGACUUCCAAGAGCAUGGAUUUAGUGGCUGAUGAGAGCAACAUGACCUCCAUUCAAGGACAGAGACCCGAACCCCACUCUUCUAACGGGUUGGCGCUGGGGCCCAGGUUGGGUCUGCAGAAGUCCAGUUCUCUGGAGAGUCUUCAGACAGCGAUGGAGGAGGUGAAUAAAGAUGAGGUGCCGUUUUACUGCCCGCCACAGCACAUGGUGAGGGGACGUGGCUGCAACCAAAGCUUCCGCCACGCCAUUGACAAAUCCUACGAUGGACCCUCAGAAGCAGAGGAUGAUUACUCUGAGGAAGACUCCGGUAGAGAGACACCUGCUAGCAGCUCCUCACGUCAGGAACUGGAUGAUAACAAGAAGAAGAAGAAAACCAAGAAAAAGAAAGAGAAAAAGACCAAGAAGAAGGAUGAGCCCGAAGACCCGGAGAAAAAGAGCAAGAAAAAAGGAUUUGGAUUGUUGAGCACGGAGACCCGGUCUGACUUCAGGUCAGUGCAGAAGAAUAUGUUUGGGAGGAAAAACAAAGAUGAGAAGAACAAAUACAAAGGCAAAAACAUGGGAGCUCUGAGUGAGGAGGAGGUCGAUAAGAGUGACCAUGAGGUCUUGUCAAGGAGUGAAAGAAACAGUCCGGCUUUUAACCACAGGACUUUCCCCGACGUGGAAGAUGAUGACUUUGACCCCAACUACGCACGCAUCAACAAUUUCAGAGAGCCCCCUGCCUCAAGCCACCCCUCCUACACACCUGGACUUCCCACACAUAACUACUCUCAGCCUUCGGUCUCCGCCCCUUACAGAGAGCCAUCCAAUGAAGACCCACGGGAGGGCCUUUACGCAAAAGUGAACAAGCUUAGAACCACCCCACAAAAGAUUGACAGUAAUGAAGACCGAUUGCAGCAAAUCAGAAAUCAACUUCAGCAGGUGAAACCAACGCCAUCCUACGAAGACCUGACCAGAAGAAGACAAGAAUAUGAUCCAUCCAGAAUCAGAGGUCCUGAUGCAAGAAUGGCUCCAAGGUACAACGAUCUGGAUCGGAUGUAUGCGACAGUACCCAGGAGAAUGCAUCCGGAGGAUUACCCAAAUUCAUCCUAUGAAUACCCCAAUCAAGGGACCCAUCAAGAUGACUAUCCACCACGCUCGGCCCGUUUGCCUGUACCUAGAAACGCAGACGGCCCAGCUGGUUACUACCCGUCAUCUCAAGCCCUACAGAAAGGUCCCAUCAGGCAAGAUCUUCCUUCCUCCCCCAAUCCCGGAGCCAGAGCGCCACCGCGAUACGAUACACUGAGCCAGGGGAACUAUCGCACGGCCAGUCCUGAUCGCUACGGGCCGUACGAUGAUGAACAAUACACAGAUCCUCGACAGAAAAAGCCCAUGUUAGGUGCAGUCUAGAAGGUUUGAUUGUGAACUUUAUCAAUGGGAGGCCAUCAAAGAUCAAAUCAUUUCCUAGAAUGCGCAACAUGGCUACAAAAAAUAGGUAGAGUAAAGAAAGUAAGCUGGUUUAUGGAUGUCAGACAUUUUAAUAGGUUCAUUUUUAUACAGUUUUAAUACAUUUGAUGGACGUGUGUGUACCAUAAUCUUCUUUAAACUGGAGUGCAUUCACAUUCGCACAGCUGCAAUAAUGCAUGUUGGGUUUUUUGUAUAUAUGUUUGUACGUAUGUAUUUAAUUCACAAAACUGCAUAAAUGUUCAUAUGAUGGUGUGCUGUGGUUUGUAUAGCCAUUUUCUGUGAAGUUUACCCUCCUGGUUGUGUGAUGUCUCAUUGUUUCUCUCUUUCAGUUGAUAACAUAUCAAUAGUUUCUUGCAAUAUUAUCAAAAACGCCCCCUUGUUUUAUUAUUUUCCUCCAGAGCGUUGAUUAAUAUUUUGGGUGCCUUAUGUAGUUUGAGUAGGGGGUUUAUAAAUAAGUUUUGUUUAACAGAAUCAACAUGUACUUUGCUUCGGUAUUACUCUAUAUUUACUACUGAGGCGUGUCGUCCCACAACACUCCAUUAACUUUGCAUUUGUUUAUAUGUUGUGAGGCCCAAUGCUAAAUGCCUAAAUGUAAACAAUGAAACUGAAGAAGGGAAGGUUACAAUAACAGUAGGACAAACAGCAGAUCCCGUAUCAAAGUCUCAAAAAACUGUUACGACUUUUGUCGUCACUUUUCUUCUUUUAUCUCAGGUGAAGUUACAUUCUUUGCAUUUCUUUUUCUUCAGUUUUUUGGUUAUUGUUAUGCUACAGUGUGCUCUUUGAAAUGCUGCCCCUUAGGUGCAAUAAUAUACUUCAAAACGACGCUUUCUCAACCUUCUCAUAUUAUGUUCGGACGAGUAGUGUUUUAUAAAUGUGAAUCACGGGAUGCAGCGAUGUCCUUGCUUUGUUAGAACAGAGAAGCGAUUCAAACACGUACACAUUUUUUGCUAAACGUCACUUUACGAACAGUUUUUGCACAUUUGUACACAUCUUAAUGCCUGAAUGAAAUGGUUUGCUGUAAAACAGACAGUUUGACGAUGAAGAUGCUGUCUGAUCUCUGUUCAGGAGUACAUGAAGUUUUGUGUUUUUAACUAUAUUUUUUAACCUUAUAGUCAAAUGCUACUCUGAUCAAUUAAUAAUCUUUAGUUAAAUCAAUUUUGUAUUUGUUUUGUUGCUUAUUUUAUUUCUCAUUUAUAUAUUACAUUUCUAUAAAAUUGUACGUAAAAUCUGCUGUGAUCAUUUACUCAAAGUUUUUUGUUAUUCUUUUUUAUUUUUGGUCAGUUUUUAUCAAUAAUGUCAUAUUUAAUGAUAUUAUUUUUGUUUCCCCGGAUGUUGGUCAGCAUUAAUUGCCAUGUACAUAAAAAUCAUGUUUAUA